AUGUACUCGAUCAGAAGCAUGGCCACCAUGGAUCACCGGGACCAACGAGAGGAAGAUGGUGUGGAAGACAUGACACAGCUAGAGGAGAUGCAUGAAGCCGCCGUUCUGACGAACAUCAGGAAAAGGUUUGAGCGAGAGAUUAUUUACACAUACAUAGGUAGUAUUCUGGUGUCUGUCAACCCAUACAGGAUGUACAACAUCUACGGGACGGACCUGGUGCUGCUGUACAAGGGCCGGGCUAUGGGAGAGAACCCUCCGCAUUUGUUUGCCAUAGCAAACGCUGCUUACUCCAAAGUGAUGGAUGCCAAACACAACCAGGUCAUAAUAAUCAGUGGAGAGAGUGGAUCUGGAAAGACCGAGGCCACCAAACUAGUCCUCCGCUACCUAGCAGCCGUUCAUCACAAGUGUAACCUUGCUCAGCAGAUACUCGAGGCUGCUCCUCUGCUAGAAUCCUUUGGAAAUGCCAAAACUGUGAGGAACGAUAAUUCCAGCCGCUUUGGGAAAUACAUUGAGGUGUUUCUGGAGCAUGGCGUGAUCAGCGGUGCCAUAACCUCUCAGUAUCUCCUGGAAAAGUCCCGCAUCGUCUUCCAGGCCAAAGAUGAGAGGAACUAUCAUAUCUUCUACGAGAUGCUGGCAGGUCUUCCCUCGCAGCAGAAACAGGCUUUCUAUCUGCAGGGAGCUGAAACCUACUAUUACCUCAACCAGGGAGGAGAUUGUGGGAUAACAGGAAAGAACGAUGCUGAGGACUUCCUCCGUCUGCUCUCUGCUAUGGAAAUCCUUCACUUCAGCCUGGAGGACCAGGCGGCCAUCUUUAGAGUCCUCUCUUCCAUUCUGCACCUGGGCAACGUCUACUUCCAGAGACACGAGGCUGACGGCCAGGAGGUGGCGUCGGUGGUGAGUGCUCAGGAGAUCAGGGUGGUGGCUGAGCUGCUGCAGAUCUCACCUGAGGGACUCCAGAAAGCCGUCACCUUCAAAGUCACGGAGACGAUGAGGGACAAGAUCUACACCCCUCUGACUGUAGAGAGCGCUGUCGAUGCCAGAGAUGCUGUUGCCAAGAUCCUGUACUCGCUGCUCUUCCACUGGUUAACAGAACGGAUCAACGCUCAGGUUUACCCUCGCCAACACACACUCUCCAUCUCCAUCCUGGACAUCUACGGCUUCGAGGAUCUGACCUUCAACAGCUUCGAGCAGCUUUGCAUUAAUUAUGCAAACGAGUACCUGCAGUUCUUCUUCAACAGGAUCAUAUUCAGAGAGGAACAGGAGGAGUACGGCCGGGAACAGAUCCCAUGGCAGGACAUCAGCUUCAGUGACAACCAGCCCUGCAUCGACCUGAUCGCCGCUAAGCCUCAUGGGAUACUGAGGAUCCUGGAUGACCAGAGCAGCUUCCCCCAGGCAACCGACCACACCUUCCUCCAAAAGUGUCACUAUCACCACGGCAACAACCCGCUCUAUCAGAAGCCAAAGAUGCCCCUCCCAGAGUUCACCAUCAAGCACUUUGCUGGUCGGGUCACCUACCAGGUCAGCAAGUUCCUCGAUAAGAACUACGAUCAGGUCCGACAAGAGGUCCUGGACCUGUUCAUCCAGAGUAAGAACAAGAUGGUGUCAAACCUCUUCCUGGCUCACCUGGAGGUCGUAGGUCAGCAGAGAGGAGCUCACGUUAGGAAGAGCAGCACCAUCACCAGGAGGUACCAGGCCUCCACCGUCAGCAGUAAGUUCCAGCAGUCGCUGCUGGAGCUGGUGGAGAAGAUGGAGCGUUGCAACCCUUUCUUUGUUCGCUGCAUUAAGCCAAAUAAUAUGAAGCAACCAGGCGUGUUUGAGGACGAGCUGGUCUCCAGUCAGCUGAGACACUCUGGAGUCCUGGAGACCAUCCGGAUCCGUAGAGAGGGAUAUCCCGUCAGAAUGCCGUUCCACGUCUUCCUGUUCAGGUAUAAGUCUCUGGUCGGCCUUCAGGAGCUCCCAGCAGCUAACGGAGAGAGCUGUGUGAUACUACUCAGUAAACUGUGUCCACUACGACCAGGGAUGUUCCACGUCGGAGUCACAAAGUUGUUUCUGAAGGAGGACGUCUACCAGUUGUUGGAGUGUAAACGAGAACGUUCUCGUGAACUCGCCGCUCUCACACUGCAGCGCUACACUCGUAUGUUCUUCGUCAGGCAUCGCUAUGUCGCCUUCCGCAGGAAGAUCGUCGGCUUUCAGGCUUGGUCCCGUGGCUUCCUGGUCAGGAAGAACUACCUGAAGAUGAGGAAGAGUCUGGUCAAGUUCCGCUCUCUGGUCCACAUGUUCGUCAAUCGCAAGCAGUACAUCAAGAGGAAGUUUGAAGCUCGGAGGAGAGCUGAGGAGGAGAGGAGGAGGAGAGAGAGGGAGCUGACUAAGAGGGAGGUGGUGAACGUCACUCACCUGGUGAUUCCUGCAGAGCUGGGAGCUUUGCUGCAGGCGGCAGCAGUCAGGAGGCAGCUUCACUCCGACUGCCUGGCUCUGCUUCAGGCUCCUCACAUCCAGGAGGAGGCUCAGCUCCCUCUGCCUCUGGACAUCAACAACUACCCUUUCUACCGCUACGUCCAGAUCUACUUCAGGGAACCAAAGUUUGGGAUGCUGACGGCUCCUCUGGAGUCACCUCUGACCCGAAUAGAGGACGACCUGAGAGCUGACGCUCUGGAGCUCUUCAUCAUGGUGCUGCGGUUCAUGGGGGACCCACACCUGAACGGGGCACAGGAGAACAUGUUUGGAAACUACAUUGUCCACAGGGGCCUGUUGUGUCCAGGGCUACAAGACGAGAUCCUGGCUCAGGUGGUCAACCAGGUGUGGAGGAACGUGAACACCGAGAACGCAGAGCGAGGCUGGUUGCUGCUGCUGGCCUGUCUCUGCAGCUUCGCCCCCUCAGCCAAGAUGGACAAAUAUCUGCUGAAGUUUGUGUCAGACAGCGCCCCCACUGGCUCUCAGGCACUGCUGCAACACAGACUCAUCCAGGCCAAUCAGAAGGUGCAGAUGGGCUCAGGCUCCGCCCUCGACACCGCUCGGACCUAUCCACUGUCUCUGCUGGAGUGGACGGCCAAUAGGAAGAAGGCUAACAUGGUGCUGCGGGUGCACUGCUUUGAUGGGGGGUCGUUCCUGUGUCCCGUUCAUUCCUGGACCAGUGGGGAGGAUUUAGCCGGAGACGUCCUGCGUUACAGAGGAGUUUCUGAGUGGUGGAGGGGGAGCUCAGUCCUGAUGAAGGAGCCCGGUCAGUGGGUGGAGUUAGCUGGACAUGACUACGUCAUGGACCUCAUCUCAGACCUGGAGCUUCCUGCAGAGUUCCCCAAACAGAAGAGUUACUUCAUCAUCAGCACAGAAGACCCGACCCGAGUCAGAGCCAACGCCAGCCUCGCUCUGUUUGGAGCUGGUUUUGACUCUGAUGAGGAACUUCCUGUGGGCAGCAGACCGGCCUACAGCCUCCGCGACUCUGAUGGUUACUACAGCCACGAGUCUGAUGCCUUCAGUGACGGUCAGACUCAGAGAGGGAUGGACCGCUACCUGGACAGCCUGUUUGACCCGGUUCUGUCCGACAGCAGCACAGACAUGGAGAAGACUGGGAGUCUGUCAGCGAGGAUGAAGGGAGGAGGAGGAAUAGUUGUUACAGAAGGAGGAGGAGGAGAAGGGGGGAGUCGUGCGGCCCCCAGCCGGCCUUACCCACCAGGAAUACAUCCUGGAGGAUCGGAGCAGACGGUUCUGACCCAGCAGCAGCAGGCCAUCAUCAACCAGCAGGCCAUCAUCCUGGCCCAGCAGAUGACCAUGCAGGCCAUGGCCAUCCAGCAGCAGAUGUUGUCCUCCUUCCCUCCUGUAGCUCCAGCUCCACGGUCUCCACCUUCACCCCCCACCCCCACCCAUCACAAAGACAGGGAGGAGUCGUUCAGGCCGAGUCCUGGUGCAUCUCAGAGGAAGAUCAGUCCGAGCCGCGCCCCCCCUCCUGAUGACGUGGUCCGAUCCAGCGUCAGUAACACUGAGCGCAUGGAGCCCAGUCACGACAUCAAGGACAUCAUCAAACAGCACCAGCCUGCAGCUACAGCGCCGCCUACUGGCCCCCCACCUCCGAGGAAGAGUGAUGGGAAGAUGUUUACGAAGAAGCCAGACCCCCAUGAUGAAGCCAUGGAGAUCCUCAAAGAUCAGAUGUCAAACCCACCACAACCGACUCAGAAGAAGACUCAGUCCUCCCAACGUAAGGAAGAGGGCGGAGUCAAGUUCCCCAAGACAACCAAGCCCCGCCCCGCUGACUCUGACAUGAGCCCCGCCCCUCCUCCAGUGAAUAGGGAUCUGCCGGUGGAGGAGGAGGUCUCUCAGACUCAGCUCCACAGUCGAACCAGUGAUGAAUACUUCACCUACUCCAACGUCCAGUGGAAACUCUUCAUGAGGAAAGAGGUUUUCUACCCUAAGGAGACGUUCAACAACCCGCUGGUCCUGGACCUGCUCUUCAAACAGGUCGUCCAUGACACCUUCUCCGAGGCUUGUAUUCGCAUCACGCAGGAGGAGAGGCAGAAGAUGAAGGGCCUGUUUGCGGAGAACAAGGUGGAUCAGGUUUCAGGAACACAGGAUGAAACAGUAAAGAGGAAGGUGGUGGCCAUGGCCAGAGACUCCUGGGAGAUCUACUUCUCCCGCCUCUUCCCGGCCUCGGGCAGCGUGGGGACAGGAGUCCAGGUCCUGUCUGUGUCUCAUAAAGGCAUCAAGCUGCUGAAGAUGGUGAAGAGCAGCUCGACGGCUUCAGACUACUUCAGAGUGCUGAGGCCGUACAGCUACUCCGACAUCCUGUUUGUGUCCAUUCCAUCUAAGAACAUGCUGGAGUUCAACCUGACCAACGAGAAGCUCAUCCUGUUCUCUGCCAAAGCUCCUCAGGUCAAACACAUGAUCGACUUCUUCCUCACGGAGCUCAAGAAGGACUCUGAGUACGUGGUGGCGGUGAGGAACUACAUCACUGAGGACAGGACAGUGCUCAGCUUCCAUAAAGGAGACAUCAUCAGACUGCAGCACAUGGACGGACUGGAGGCCGGGAACCUUUGUGGCUGUGUGGUGAGGAAGAAGGUGAUGCUGCUGGAGGAGCUGAGGAGAGACACUCCAGAGUUUGGCUGGAGGUUCGGUGCCGUGUACGGGAGGUCCGGACUGUUUCCCAAGGACCUCGUCAGACCCGUGGCAGCUCCAGACUUCCUGGUUCUUCCGGCCGAGCGUCUGGAGCCUCGAGACCGCCACGGGCGGGUGGCUGCCUCUGCUGCUGUUGCCGUGGCGAUGGGCUCAGCUGUAGCUGCUCAUGAGCUCGAGCUCUCCACCGAGGUGGUGAAUGAGGCGUACGGGGACAGUCUGAGUGUAGACCUGAACCAGGCGUCCCUGCAGAGUGGCCAGUAUCUGAUGACUGAGUUUGCCAGGAAGUACUUCAGAAGGUCUGGCUCCUCCUACACCAGGUUUAAUAAAAUGUCAUGUGAUGAACCACAGACUGACUCCUGGCGUCUCCCCCUCAGUGACCAGAAGACCAGGAAGGGGAAGGAGGGCCGGGACCCCGCCGACAUGGUUAAAUUCUCCAAGUCCCCCAUCCAGGAGUCUCUGAUCCACUUCUCAGACAGCGGCAUGAACAGAGUGGCAGCCGACAUCUUCCUGGCUAUCAUGAGGUUCAUGGGAGACGCUCCUCUAAAGGGACAGACUGAACAGGACCUGGUCACCAGCAUCCUGAAGUUGAGUGAUGACCAUGGUCUGAUGAAGGAUGAAGCCUACUGCCAGGUCAUGAAGCAAGUCACCGCCAACACCAGCUCCAAACCGGACAGCUGUCAGAGAGGAUGGAGGCUGCUCUACAUCAUCACAUCUUUCCAUCGUUGCUCCGACGUCAUGAAGCCGUUUCUGCUCAAGUUCCUGCAGGAAGCUUCAACCAGUCCUGGACUACAGUACCAGGGCAUUGCCAGUGCAUGUGAGCAGAACCUGAGGAGGACGUUUCAAUAUGGCGGCCGUGUGCAGUAUCCUAACAGCAUGGAGCUGAAAGCCAUGUUGGCUGGGCGGAGCUCCAAGAGGCAGCUGUUCCUGCUCCCCGGAGGCAUCGAGAGGCACCUGAAGAUCAAGACCUGCUCUGUCGCUCUGGACGCCAUCGAGGAGCUGUGCUACGAGAUGGGGUUCCAGAGGGUGGAGGCUCUGGACGAGUACGCCGUCUUCUUGGUAACUCACAGAGGUCAGAACGUCCGUCCCCUGAACAAGCGUGAGUACAUCCUGGACAUCGCCACCGAGGCCGAGCCGGUCGACCCCAACUACAGCCUCUGGUUCAGGAGGGUCAUCUGGAGUCUGGCCCUGAAACUGGACAACGAGCUCUACGUCACCAUGCACUACAACCAGGUGUUGCCUGACUACCUGAAGGCUCUGCUCAGUGUGGUUCCUCAGGGUAAAGCCAGCGAGCAGCAUCUGCAGCAGAUAUCCAGACUGGCUGCUCUGCAGCAUCGUGCCAAGGACACGGUCUACCUGCCCACCAUGCGUGAGGUGCAGGAGUGCGUCCCCCCUCAGUUCUACAGUAAACAGGGUUCUCAGCCGUGGGUCAACAUGACCAUGCAGCACAUGCAGCAGGUCCAGCCUCUGAACCCCCAUCAGGCCCGAGCACAGUUCCUGGGUCUGGUCAGUGCCUUCCCCAUGUUCGGCUCCUCCUUCUUCUACAUCCAGAGCUCCAGCUCCUCCUCAGUUCAGACUCCCUGCAUCCUGGCCGUCAACCUCAACGGACUGCACUUCCUCAACAAGGACACCCACGAGGCCAUGGUGCGGUUCCCUCUGAAGGAGGUUCAGUCAACUCGUACCCAGAGGCCAACGUCCGGCUCCAGUUACCCGUACGUGGAGAUCAUGAUCGGAGACCUGGUGAACCAACGCGUCAUCCAGCUGCAGCUGGAGCAGGGCCUGGAGCUCUGCAGAGUGGUGGCCAUGCACAUGGAGAACAUGCUGUCGGUCAGAGAGAAGAGACUCACGCUGCCGCCGAGUGAAAUCACCCUGCUGUAACUCUGAUAGGUUUUAAAUUAACCUGCAUCUACCUCCACAUUCACAACAUGCCUCUGACAUGUCAGUUUUUUCUUUGGUUCAUUACUUUGUGUUUCUCAGUCAUUAACGUCUUAGAGCAGAACUGUUUAAAGGACCAGAGCGUUGGAUUCACUGCUCCUCCAGUCCCAGUUUACGGCCCGUAGGGACUGUCCUCUGCAGACUCGGGGUUUGGUUUCUCUUCCCAGAGCCUUCAAUAAACGUAAAAGAGUUAACAUCAGCCACAAGGCUAACAGUUAGCCUGCUAACAGGUGGCGGGAGCACACCUUUGUUCCCGGGAUCCUAACCGUGUCCCUCACUCUAAUCCUAACCCUUUUUUUAAAAAAGUGUCCAAUGUUCCCCGGUCACAGUGGGGAACAUAGGACCCGGGGAACAUAGGGACGAUCCCCAGGUGACUAAAUUAAUGUAGGAAAGGUAACGACAUAAUCAAAGAACAAGUAUGCUGAAUAUCAAAAUUUACCUCAGACAUUAAAUUAAAAUGUUAAUAAAUUAACUGAAUAUUUAAACUCAUUCUAGUUCAGAGGUCACAUUCACACCAGUUUGAAUAAUAACCUAUAAAUUAAGACAACUCCAAAUGCUUCCCUUUGUUUUAGGUUAAAGAAGAACAUUAUGAAAGUGUUUCCAUUUAACAAACUGAACUAUUAUAAAACAUGUACAAAACAACUAGACAUUUCUAAAGAAAAGGAAGUGGAGGUUGUGUUUGGUUCCAGGUCUCAGAGUUGUGUUAUAUCCACGACUCUAAAAUUGUAUGAAACUCAAUAGCAGAUACUUUCAUUGGAAAAAUUAAUUAAUUGUCUGUUCCUCUGCGUUAGCUCACAGUCUGGUUCAUGGAUCUGAUUGGUUGAAGUCAGUCCCUGACAGGUUUGUCCGGUCAGCUGCCAAGUAUUUAUUCAGAGUCUGUGCUUUGUCUCUGAGCAAACCAUGUGGAGCUUCAGAUGAGAAACAUGAUGGUUUUAAAUGACUAUAAGAGAACAGCUCUUCCUUAAAGGUGAAGGUGAAUCCUACUGUGGUCCUUUAAGAUCUGUCAGGUCUCCUGAGACUUAGGCUAACCGUGCUUUUUAGAAGCAUGAUGUAAUUUAAUUCUCAUUUAGAGUCAUUGAGUCACUGUGUCUUGUCCUGACGCAGCUACUGGUUAUUAAAGAGAAUUAUUCAUCGGAAAUCACUGAGAAAUUAGUUUUCCCUUUAUUUUUUUAAUCAAGAUUCUAGAAAAAGUAAAUUAUUAUGGCACAUAAAGUUUGAGGCCACGUCAACGAGCUGUUUGCACUAAUUAUUCAUUUGUACCGUGAAUGUUUUUAUAACCUGUACAGAGAGAAUAACUCUGCACAUUAAAGUUUGCGAU